AUGGAGGCUGGUCGUAGACAGGUUUCUUGGAAGCGCAAGUUUGUUGCGGACGGCGUUUUCUUCGCGGAGCUGUCUGAGCUGCUCACGCGUGAGCUGGCGGAGGACGGGUACGCUGGCGUUGAGGUGCGCGUGACACCUCGAGGCCACGAGGUCAUUAUCCGAGCGACACGGACGCAGACUGUGCUCGGCGAGAAGGGCCGGCGCAUUCGUGAGCUGACUGCGCUUGUUGAGAAACGCUUUGGCUUUCCGGAGAACCAGGUGUCGCUGUUUGUCGAGCGCGUGCCGAACAGAGGUCUGUGCGCGAUGGCACAGGCCGAGUCUCUGCGGUACAAACUGCUGGGCGGGCUCGCUGUGCGACGUGCGGCGUACGGCGUGCUUCGCUUUGUGAUGGAGUCUGGGGCCAAGGGCUGCGAAGUGCAAAUCUCCGGGAAGCUCCGGGCGCAGCGGGCAAAGACCAUGAAGUUCAUGGACGGGUACAUGAUCUCGACGGGGCAACCGAAACUCGACUUUAUCGACCGCGCCGUGCGGCACGUGCUCUUGCGGCAAGGCGUACUCGGGAUCAAGGUGAAGAUCAUGUUGCCGCACGAUCCGACAGGCCGUCAGGGCCCGCGGAAGCCGCUUCCGGACUCGAUCGUUAUUCUGGAGCCGAAGGAGGAAGACACGCUCGGCAAGGUUGUUGCGACACACACGACAUACGGCCCGGCGGCUAUGCCGGCAGCACCCGUGGGUGUGGCGCCUGGUGUCAUGGGUGGAGCGCCUGUUAUCGGUGUCGGAGCGGCGCGACCGUGA